AUGCAACACCAAUUGCAUCCUCCCACAGUUCUCGCUUUUCAUAGCGAUAUUGUUCUUGAGGAAUGGAAGACAAUAACUCAUUUUAUUGAGAGUGAUGGGCUAAGUGUCUCAAUUACAGGCGAGGGACUGCAAGUUGCUGAAGUAGUUGCUGUGGCAAGAUAUCGACGUUCUGUUUUCCUAGUUUACCAAAGAAUGGAAGGUAGUCUUAAGACUCUCCAACUUAGACUAAGAGACGGAGAGGUAAUCUAUGGUGUGAAUACUGGAUUUGGUGGUACUGCGGAUGUUCGAAACCAAAAUACGAGAGAGCUUCAACGCACGCUGAUACGAGAACUGCAUCACGGUAUUCUGGCUCCCACAACCUCAGAUCAAGAUUAUGAUGGGUAUCCAACACAGGAUUGCGACGACACAAACUGGGAAGUUAAUCACCUACCCGAAACAUGGACUCGUGCAACAAUUCUUAUUCGACUCAACUCUUUGGUUAAAGGAAAUUCUGCAGUCAGGGCUGAGACGGUGAGCCGUAUGAGGGACUUGUUGAUAAAAGACAUCAUCCCGAUAGUGCCUCUCCGCAGCAGCAUAUCAGCAUCUGGAAAUUUAUCACCCUUGUCUUAUAUCGGCGGUGCAAUUCAAGGAAAGCCAACGAUUCGGGUUCAUCCCAAUUCGUCUCGCUUGAAUGCGGCUUCUGCCUUCAGGCAGAUAGGUCUUGAACCGGUAGAACUGGAUGCGAAAGAGGGCCUCGCAAUCGUUAAUGGAACAGUUGUCUCCACUGCGACCGCGUCACUAGCUCUCCAUGAUGCGCACGUUCUUCCUUUGCUCUCCCAGAUAAUCACCGCUAUGAGCGCUGAGGCAUUGCAUGGUACUGCCGAGAGCUUCGAUUCUUUCUUCUCAGAAUGCCGACCCCACACCGGGCAGAUUGAUGCCGCUCGUAACAUUUCGUCGUUCUUGAAGGAUUCGAAGUUAUUGCAGGACUACGAUGCCUCAAGUAACAAUCUCCGCCAAGAUCGUUAUUCUAUUCGGACCGCGCCGCAAUGGAUUGGACCUGUUCUAGAGGAUUUGGUGUUGGCGCAUGAGCAGCUGUCUAUCGAGUUGAAUUCUGCAACCGACAAUCCUCUUAUCGACCCUGAAGGGAGAGUACUCCAUGGAGGAAAUUUUCAAGCGAAAGCAAUUACUUCUGCCAUGGAGAAAACGAGACAGGGCGUCCAAUCACUGGGAAGAAUGCAAUUCUCACAGUGCGUCGAGAUCAUAAACCCAGCAACAAGUUGUGGUCUUCCUGCAAAUCUCGUAGCAGAAGAUCCAGGCACCUCUUACAUCUUCAAAGGCACUGAUAUCUACGUUGCGGCUCUUCAGGCUGAGCUUGGAUUUCUUUCCAACCCGAUGAACCAUGUGCAAACAGCGGAGCUUGGGAAUCAAUCUCUCAACUCUCUCGCGUUACUCUCAGCAAGAUAUACCCACCUCAGCAACGACCUUCUCUCUCAGAUGGUUGCCACUCAUCUACUUGCUUUGUGUCAAGCGCUAGAUCUGAGAGCGAUGCAAUCCAUGUUUGUCGAACACUUCAAGCCACUGUUUGACGAAAUCAUACUCAGCGAGUAUUUCGCUUUGGUAACAUCCGACAAGGACCUUGACACCAACGAAGUUGUCUCAAAUGAUUUGGAGACUGCGUGGAAACAAUUAGUAGCCUCAUUCUCCUCUACUGUGGGCCUAUACGCAGCUGAAAGGUUCCCUAAAAUAGCUUUAGCUAUACAUGUCAUCAUUGCAAACACUGUCGAUCAACUUUCUACCGCUCAAGCACUGUCAAGAACACUGGAGCGUCAAGUAAGUGACGCUUGGAAUAGCUUCCGAGCCGCAUACCUGGAACACGGCGAUGCCAGCUCGCUCCUUGGAACAGCCUCUAAGCAGAUCUACGGAUUCAUUCGGAAGGACCUUAAGGUUCCAUUUCUAUGCCGUAAGAAGCUUAUGACUCCAGAUGGAGAUAUUGAGAAAUAUAUGCACGCUCCAGCGUACGACGAGGCCCCAACGGUCGGCUCCUACACUUCUAGGAUCUACAAAGCGCUCAAGGAUGGACUUUUGGCAAAGAAAGCUGUAAAUAUACUUCAGGAAGUACGGCAACCAUAAAGGUCCUUAUCUGACCUUCUGGCCGGCUUUCACUUCCGUUUACGGGGCUGGAUAAAACCGCUAAAAUUGUAGUCUCUAUAUUUAUAGUCCUUAUUCCACAACCAUAGGAAUAAAAAUUAAACCAUAUUUCCAUCCAUUCCCUUUACAUAUUCG